UGGAACAGAAAUUAGGAUAUUUUGGAUUUUUGAAGUCUUGGAGCUCUCAUACCCUGCACAGACAGCAAUGCAACUGCAAUGUUCCCAGUCCCAGAAACGUAGCAAGGACAUUGAUAAAACAGUUGGAAAUGUUUAAAUCUGUAAAUCGGUAAAACUAUUUCUGUCAUCAUUAACAGGUGCAUCUCAGUAAAUUAGCAUGCCGUGGAAAAAGUUAAUUUAUUUAAUAAUUAAGUCUUUGUUUUUUUUUUAAUUGUGAUGAUUUUGGCUCACAUUUAACAAAAAACUCUAAUUAAACAAAUUAUUAUACUCCAUAAGACGGUUAAAAAACAUUUUUGUUCACCUGUACUCAUCCUCAUACCAUUUUGUAAAUAAAUAAAUAAAAAAAAAUUGGAUGCACUCGUUUUUUAAUAUGACUCCUAAAUUAUCGUUGGUGCGCUUAAUCGGUUUUAGCACAUUUUAAACGACAUAUUUGUGGAUGGUCCAGAAAGAGUAAAUAUUUAUGAAGCAAAAUUAACAAAGAGUGAAUGUCUUUGUAAAAAGAACGUAUGAUCCAUCUUUUCAGCUUAUAGGUUUCUGAAUAUCACAUUGUGUUCAUGUGUAUUUCUGAAUAAAAGACCCUCCCACCUCCACCAGACCGAUAUAUAAAGCCUGUAGUCUGCGCGAACUCUCCCACGCCAGGAUGCGCAGACGCGUAAACGGGGUUGUGCGCACUGGGUCAGUUAAACUACACCUGAACUAGUUUAAAACCCUCGAGAUAUUAAGAAAAUGUCCGUGCUUACAUUUAACUUAAGCAAUGCAACUUUGGAGAUAGAAGCCACCGGAGAUGAACCCCGGAACGAGCGUUUAGCUCAAAUCGAGAUCGCGCUGCUGAGCGUCAUCUUUCUUUGCGCAUCAACUCUGAACUUCGGUCUGCUUCUGGUUUUGUGGAAGAAGAGACAGCAAGUGUCCAGAAUGCGCGUGUUUGUGACCCAUCUCUGCUUGGCGGACCUGGUGGUCGCUUUUUUCCAGGUGUGUCCGCAACUGAUGUGGGACAUAACCGACCGCUUCGUCGGUCCCGACCUCGUAUGUCGUCUGGUCAAGUAUCUGCAGAUCGUCGGCAUGUUCGCCUCCACUUACAUGAUAGUUGUGAUGACCGUCGACCGUUAUCAGGCGAUCUGCAAUCCCAUGGUGACUUUCCAGAGGCGACGCGCGCGCUGGAACCUGCCGGUCUGCGUCGCGUGGCUUGCGUCGUUCGUCUUCAGCGUCCCGCAGCUGUUUAUUUUCUCCAGGGUUCAGAUCGCCCCGGGUAUCUACGACUGCUGGGCAGAGUUCGUUCAGCCGUGGGGACCUAAAGCGUACGUGACGUGGACGACGCUGGUGAUAUUUCUGGUGCCCGUCGUGACCGUGACCGUGUGCCAGGUGCGCAUCUGCCGCGCGCUCCAGAUCAACCUGUACCUGAAGACCCAGCAGCAGCAGCAGCAGGGAGGCUUUAAAGAACAACCGUACCCUCUUUCCUCCAGAACCAGCAACGUGGCGUCGGUUUCCAAGUCUCGAAUCAAGACCGUGAAGAUGACGGUGGUGAUCGUACUCGCAUACACCGUCUGCUGGGCUCCGUUCUUUACCGUUCAGCUUUGGUCUGUGUGGGAUGCCGACGCUCCUACCGAGACUGCAACCUUCACCAUCCUCAUGUUGCUGGCGAGCCUGAACAGCGUGGCCAAUCCAUGCAUCUACCUGCUUUUCACUGUGAAGUUUCCUAAACUGCUGGGAACCCUCCUGUGCAUGAAACACGCACACAUGAAGGAGCCUCUGCCUGAGGACGCUACGAUGGUCAGCUCUCUGUAUCUGAGCUUCAAAAGCCACUCGGACAUACGUUGAAGAUGAAACAGUAUUUUUUAAAAUACCAAGGAGUACAAUAUAAAUAAUGCAUGUAUACGGUUCAGUACUAUUAAAGUGUCAUGAUAUUGCCAUCUGAUACAUCACUGUACCACACUGAUAUCACUGUACUUCUAUGGAAAGAGAAAAAUGAUCUCAUUGUGGAGUUGUCUUCAUAUACUGAAGCAUAUCAUACAGCUUUGGAGGGUCAUGUUUUAUUUUUAUACUGAAUUAAUGUUAAACUGUUAAUGUUAAAUUAACGUUUUUACCUCCUGCCUAUCCCCUCACCCCAGAAAAGAUGUUUGUACAAUAUGUCGUGUCUUGAAAUAUUCAGAAAAACAUCUGACUGCAAGUUUGGUGGAUGUUAUUAUAAAAAUGCCUCUACAUGUUCACCGUUCUGUGCGUCAAUAAAGUGCUCUGGAAUCGGUCGUAA